UUUAACUUACAUACACACACUGUAACUGCAAAGAAUUUUUAUAUAUAGUAAGUUGUCGGCCUUAUUUUAUUGGUAACCAGUUUCACUUCUUAUAAGCAGGCAGUUAUUCGUCAUCUCAUUUAGAUGACUUAAUAGUUUACGUUAGUUGAAGUCUAAAAAGAAAGUGGAUAACUUCACUAAGUAAAUUACUUGUAGUCGUUCUAAUAAUAUUGAUGCAUUUUCGAUUUGUUACUAUCCCCUGUUUUAUUUUCUCCUUUUUUUUGGAAAUAAUUUCUAUUUUCUAAUUUAUUGUUGUUAUCUAGUAUCUACUGGCAUGUUUUCUGUUGAGGGAAAUACUUAUUGGUUCCAAAAAGUGUAUUAUUCAAAUCCAUUGUUGGUCUCAAUGAUAAAUUAGUUCACUAACCCCUUAGUCCUUUCUAUAACUACCAAGUAUAUCCUUUACUUUUGCGAAGAGUAGAGGUAGUUGGGGUGAAAAACAAGAAAAUUUGAGCUGUUUGCAUUUGGUUUUGGUUCAAAUUUCAAGCAAGUUAAAAUUCUUUUUUUUGGAUACGGAGGAUCUCAUAUAAUGGAUCCCAACUAGUUUAGAAUUGUGUUCGUCUACCUAAGUAUAGUACUAGUCGUAGUAGUUGAUAUUAUUUGUAUACUUUCUAACAUAUUCCCAGUUCAAAAAAAAAAAAAAUCUUAGAAUUGUGGCAUUUGUUGUUGUAGUACAAGCAGCUGUAACCAUCUAAGUUGCUCGGACUCAGGUGCGGGUUUCCGAUACUGGGACAGACCCGAGUAUCGGAUUCGGCAAAAUCUAAAUUUUAAGAUUCGGGGGUGCGGAUCCAGAUAUGGAUACGGGUACGGGAUUCGGCUAAUAAAAAGUAGAGCUAUAAAAAUAUUGUUAAUUUUGAGAGAUAUUCUGUGAAAAACUUACAUAUUGUACAAUUCAAUCUUUUAUUCUCCAAGAUGGACAUUAUUAAAGUUGUUUUAUUUUUGAUUUUGAGAAAUCAAAAUUUCAAUUUUUCUCCCGAAUUUGUCGAUGGACUCCGGUCAAAGUGUCCGAAGUCAGUUGACCGAAUCCGGGAUGUAUCCCGUAUCUGGAUGGGGACGGCACCAAAAUCGAAGAGUCGAUGCAACUUAGCCUUGGGAAUAUUUGUCUUCUCCGGCAUUAUACUGCUGCCUGUACUUCUACCAGUUGCUUCAACUGAUCAUAGUAUCAAGGCGGCCAAUACCACCAGCAAGGGGACUUUCAAUGAACUUGAUAGGUUAUCUAUGGGACAAGUCGGCAAUUCAGGCCCGCGGUUGUGGGCAUUUAUAGUUGCAACAUAUUGGGUUUCUGUUGUUACUUACUACCUUUUAUGGAAAGCAUACAAACAUGUUUCAGAAUUGAGAGCUAAAGCUCUUAUGUCUCCAGAAAUCAGAGCCGAUCAAUUUGUUAUUCUUGUCAGGGAUAUUCCUCCUGCUGCUGUUGGUCAAAGUAAAAAAGAGCAGAUAGAUUCAUUCUUUAGAGCAAUCUACCCCGACACAUUUUAUCGGUCAAUGGUGGUGACGAACAAUAAGGAGGUAAACAAAAUUUAUGAAGAGUUGGAAGGGUACAAAAAGAAGCUUGCACGUGCUGAAGCUAUCUAUGAGGAGUCGAAGAAAACUAAUCCUGAUGCACUAAAACCCUCGCAUAAAACUGGUUUCCUUGGUAUUGUUGGUGAAAAGGUAGAUUCAAUUGAAUUCUACAAUGAUAAGAUUAAGGAGUUGAUCCAACAGUUGGAAGUUGAACAAAAGUUGACUCUCAAAGAGAAACAGCAAUCUUCUGCGCUCGUCUUUUUCAACAAAAGGGUGGCUGCAGCUUCUGCAUCACAGAAUUUACACGCCCCUAUAGUUGACAGGUGGACCGUUAUAGACGCCCCAGAACCACGGCAGUUGAUUUGGACUAAUCUUCCAAAAACGUUUUAUGAGAGAAUAAUCCGGCAGUAUGUUGUGUACGUUGUUGUGUUCCUGACCAUAUUCUUUUACAUGAUUCCGAUUGGAUUCAUCUCUGCAUUAACAACUCUAGACAAUCUGGUGAAGCUUCUCCCGUUUUUGAAACCGGUAGUUAAUCAGAAGGCAAUCAAAACAGUGCUAGAAGCAUAUUUGCCUCAACUUGCACUCAUCAUAUUUUUGGCUUUGUUGCCAAAGUUUCUUAUGUUUCUAUCCAAAGCAGAGGGCAUCCCUUCAGAAAGCCAUGUGACAAGAGCUGCUUCAGGGAAAUAUUUUUAUUUCUCAGUGCUUAAUGUAUUUAUUGGUGUUACUCUCGGUGGAACUCUAUUCAGUUCCUUCAAGAGCAUUGAGAACGAUCCCAACUCUAUUUUUCGUGUAUUGGCAGAAAGCCUUCCACAGAAUGCAACUUUCUUCUUGACCUUUGUCGCUUUGAAGUUCUUUGUCGGCUAUGGGCUGGAGCUGUCCAGAAUAGUUCCUCUAAUCAUAUUCCAUCUCAAGAAGAAGUAUCUGUGCAAAAUUGAAGCUGAGAUAAAAGAGGCUUGGGCUCCUGGCGAUCUAGGCUAUGCAACUCGAUUUCCCAGUGAUAUGCUGAUUAUGACGAUUGUCCUAUGCUAUUCCGUCAUAGCUCCCAUAAUUUUACCGUUUGGAGUGGUUUACUUCGGUCUUGGCUGGCUUCUACUACGGAAUCAGGCACUGAAAGUGUACGUUCCUUCAUUCGAGAGCUACGGAAGAAUGUGGCCCCAUAUUCACACGCGGAUGUUAGCUACCUUGAUUUUGUAUCAAGUUACCAUGUGCGGUUACUUUGGAGUUAAAAAGUUCGCGCCUACUCCAGUUUUGUUUCCACUUCCAAUAUUCUCCUUGAUCUUCGCGUUCAUUUGUCAGAAGAAAUUCCGUCGGUUCUUUGUAUCUCCAGCCCUCGAAGUCAUUUCCCACGAACUAAAAGAAGUCCCGAACAUGGAUAUUGUCUUCAGAUCUUUUAUUCCACCAUGCUUGAGUGCAGGGAAGUCCGAUGACCAUCAGUUUGAGGACGCGUUAUCUCAUGUGUCUAAAACAGGUUCCUCUUCAGUAUGAUAUGAACAUUUGCAAUUACCACGUCGUUUCAUUUUGUUAUAAAUUGUAACUGGGGAUAGUUCAUUGGAUAGUUGGUCUGUGUUGAUAGUUUGUACUUAGGAUUUUAGUUAGUUUUGCAUUGUGUGUUGAUACUUCAUUGGAUAGUUUGUUCUGUGUUCAUAGUUUGUUUGCGAUCUUUGUGAAAUGAAUUUCCGUUCGGAAAGUAAAGUUGUAUUUUUCUGUAAUGAUAUUAGCAUGUCGUGCUUCAAGUUA